GUGAUUUAUUAUCAAAAUGUAAAAUCUUAUUCAGCUGGUAUAUUAACAGCUUUAUCUAAUCGAGUAGGAGACGCGAUAUUAAUAAUUUCUAUUGCUUGGAUAAUAAAUUUUGGAAGAUGGAAUUUUAUAUUAUAUAUUGAUUAUUAUUAUAGAGAUAAAAGAAUAAUAAUUGUAGGUUUGUUAAUUAUUAUUGCUGCUUUAACUAAAAGUGCACAAAUUCCUUUUUCAGCUUGAUUACCAGCAGCUAUAGCUGCUCCUACUCCUGUUUCAGCAUUAGUACAUUCUUCAACUUUAGUAACAGCAGGGGUUUAUUUAUUAAUUCGAUUUCAUUUAUUAUUGGAAAAUUAUUCUUUUGUGUUAAUAUUCAUUGGAUUGAUAACAAUAUUAAUUUCAGGUUUAGCGGCUAAUUUUGAAUAUGAUUUAAAAAAAAUUAUUGCUUUAUCAACUUUAAGUCAGUUAGGUUUAAUAGUUACUCUUUUAAGAUUAGGUUUAUAUGAAUUAGCUUUUUUUCAUUUAUUAAUUCAUGCUUUAUUUAAAGCUUUAUCAUUUAUAUGUGCAGGUAAUUUUAUUCAUUUAAUAGGAGAAUGUCAAGAUAUUCGUUUUAUAGGGGGUUUAGUUUAUAAAACUCCUAUAACUGUAAUAUAUUUUUAUGUAAGAAAUCUAUCAUUAUGUGGGAUUCCUUUUUUUUCUUGA